AUGUCCCAAAAAGGAAGAUUGGAAGACCUAGGAAAUAUGGGGGAGGCCAACCUAUCUUUGACCAGUUCCCUCAAAUUGGGCCUGCUAUACCAAGAAGGGAUGCUACUCCUCCCCCUAGUUUUAGAAUAUGGUAAUCAAGUAGGUGGUCCUGAUGUUAGUCCUAUGAAACGGACUAAGAUGAUUGCAAGGAGAGGAGGGAAAACUAAAGUGUCUGGAUCAAGGAACAAAACACCAAAGAAAAUACCUAAUGGUAAGAAACAUAAGAGUCAAGCAAAUGAGGAUGUGUCCCUAACCUGUGAUGAGGAUUUUGAUGAUCUUUUUACCCAUACACCUAAUGGUAAGAAACCUAUGAGUCAAGCAAAAGAGGAUGUUUAG